CUGGUUCAGCGGUUCGUAAGAUAAACCCUGGUUUAUUGACAAAUUAAGGUUUUUCAUCAUUUCCUGGGGAAGUUAUUGCUCGUCACACUCAUGGAUUUCAUUCUCAUACGCUGAUCGUUAGAUUAUUAAUUAAAUGAAGUUAAUGGUUCGUUGGAAUCGAAUGAAGAUAAAAAGAGAAAUUAAUGUAAAUUCAUUGUUGAAGAAAUUCAGAAGUGGGUUUCAAAUGUUGUCAAAUAUUGACUGGGUUUCAGCUUAUGGGUCUCAAUUAUCAGCAGCCACUGUUUUGGGUGUUGUUGGUUUGUUCUUGGCUGUUAGAGAUGGUAGAAUUGGGUAUUUCAACAGUUUUCCCUUGUUGUCAGCAAAAACUAACACUCCUAAGAAGUUGUAUUUCGUACCCGGGUUGCGAAAUUUGGGCAACAAUUGUUUCCUCAAUGUGGUUUUACAGGCACUUGCUAGUUGUGCACAUUUUAGGUGUUUCUUAGAAGAUGUUCAGAACUUGCAGGCGGUGUCUAUUGUGGAGCAGGCUAAUGAUUUGCCCCUUUUGGAAUCUUUGGCUUCUUUAUUAGAAGAGUUGAGCACAUUUCAGGAGAAAAGUAGACCAUUGAACCCACACAAUGUGAUGUCUGCCAUGCAGCAAUAUAUCCCACAAUUCCAACUGUCAAAUCAACAGGAUGCAGCAGAAGCAUUUCUUCAUCUUCUAUCCUGUCUAAGAGACGAACUAUCAGAGUCUUAUAUGCCAAACCAUGGCUCCCUAGCUGAUGUGGAUGUCCCUACUAGUCGAAUUCUUGUUUCUGAGAGGAUAAAGGACAUAAAGGAGCCAGAAAGGUGGCGGCAGCAAUAUCUUGGCCCAUUUAAUGGGAUACUUGGCAGUUUUCUGACCUGCCAAAGCUGUUCUUCCGAGAUUAUGAUGGAUUUUGAUUUCUUUCACACCUUGUCACCCCCAGUUUCCAACUCUGGUGCUUCCAUACUGGAUAGAUUUACACUAGAGGAUUGCAUGAAGAGGUUCCUGGCUCCUGAACAUGUUGAGAACUAUUUCUGCAGCCGCUGUUGGCAUAUUGCUGCAGCAAAAUUUUUAUCCUCUGUUGGAGGAUGGCAGGAAGAGAUCAGAAAAUUGAAUUUCUGUAGUGACUCCAGCGAGAAAGACUCUUGCAACUGCAGGAAUAUGUCAUCACUUCAGAGACUUCCUUGGUCAAAUCACUUUUCGCAUGCUUUUAAACAACUCAGAAUUACUCAUUGUCCAGAGAUUCUUUGCCUUCAUCUCCAACGCAGUUCAUUGAAUGCAUUUGGGGAGCCUGUUAAAAUUCAGGGCCAUAUCUAUUUCCCAAUGAUCCUGAAUCUAUCACCUUUUGUUAAGUAUGAGAUUGGCGUUCAAAAACGAGAAAUAAAUAAGCCAAAAAGUCUUGCGGAGCAGUCAAAUCUGGCACCUAUCUCUCAUCCUAAAAGUGCUGACAGUCAUCCAGAACUAAUGAUAGCCAAGGAUAAUGCAUCACAGUUUCGUUCGGAACCAUGUUCUUCGCCGAUUGAAACCUGCUCCAGUACCAUAUCUAUGCUUACUUUUAAGGCUACUUUUGAUCCACCACCUCCCAAAAAUAUUCUGUAUCGCCUUGUUUCUGUUGUGGAACACUUCGGAAGAGCUGGGAGUGGCCAUUACACAGUAUAUAGAGGAAUGGCGACUCAAAUGGCAAAAGGUGAUGGCGUUAGUGAAACUGAUGCUCCUUUGCAAUGGUUUCGCAUUUCAGAUUCAGAGGUACACAAUGCUUCGGAAGAGGAAGUUCUUGGUGCAGAAGCUACCCUACUUUUCUACGAGAGGAUCUGAGCCAACAGCUCAUAUAAGUUUGCACGGUUGCACCAGACUGGAACCAAAAUUUAGGCAUCACUUUGGACUGGACACCAGAAGUUUUAGGUUAUACUAAUCCCCUGCAUUUGCAACAGGUUGAUAGUUGUAUUUUUUUAAUGAAGUGGAUAGAACAAGAAGUCAAGAAGCUUCUAUUGAGAUUUGGUGUUUCCUUAUGCAUGCAAAUAAAAUACUCGACUGUAAUGUCAGUGUGAUAAAAGUAUCAAACUCCAAAGUUAGGAAAUUUUGUCAAACAUUACAUUAUAUUAAGCAAAGUUUGUGAUAUAA